AUGACACAUAUGCUACUACCAGACGAUGUGCUGUCAUAUCAUGAUGAUGUCUUCUAUGAUCUUGUGAGGGAUAAAUGUGGUAUUGUUGUUGAAGAAAUGUUCCAGUUGCAGAAUAUAAGAUCUGUACAAUCUUUAUUACGUAUCAAUGAUGUAUUUGACUUUAUACAUUAUGAUUCUGUCGAAUUAACUGCACUUAAAAGAAAGGUUGGUUUUGAACUCUCAAAUGGCAAAUUUCAAAUUAAAGCUGGGAUUCGUUUUGAUGUUGAUACAUUUAUAGAAGCUUUGCGAAAUGUUAAUGAUAAAUUAUUGCAACCAAUGUCGACUGAUCAUCAAUCCGAUGAUCUUACAAUUUCUCAAGAAUUUCUUGUUAAACAUCCUCUAUUAAAAGCACUUGUUGAAGUCUGUUUAACGAAAGAUAAUAAUGAUAAUGACAAUAGUCUGUCUUUCUUGACUGUACUGAUUGACAACAUCAUACAAAAUUUGGCACGUCCAAAAAAUGCAUAUAGCUAUAACGAACAGGUGCAAAAAUUUGCUAUGUCUCUUUAUAUACUUGCAGGUCGUAAUGUAUACGAAUUUGUUCGAAUGAAUAUUCCUGAUGCUAUUCCAGCUGUUUCUAUUAUUCAAUCGUCUUUAGACGGCGCGGAAAGUCAGAUUAUGGCAAGUGAAUUUCGUUUCGAUACACUGAAGCGCAAAUUCAGUUUGAAUGACAAAACUAUUGCUUUUUGUGCGGAAGACUGUACUCCAGUUAUUCCUACAAUAACUUAUAAUGCUACUUCAAACACCUUCACUCCCGGACAAAAGUUUAAGUGA